AUGUUCUACUCGCAUACGUUCUUGGCUCGGAAAGGGCCACUGGGAACAGUAUGGUGUGCCGCACAUCUACAACAUAAGCUCAAGAAGUCUCACUACACCUCCACCAAUAUCCCCUCCACAGUCGAGCGCAUAAUGAAUCCAGAAGUCCCAAUUGCACUGAGAAUGUCUAGCCAUCUUCUGCUUGGUGUUGUUCGGAUAUAUUCGAAGCAAGUUGAAUAUCUAUACCACGACUGCAAUAUUGUAUUGAUAGGGAUAAGAAAGGCCUUUGCUUCAGUCGAAAUUAAUUUACCAGAAGAUGCGACUCAUGCACCGUUUCAUUCUGUAACUUUGCCAGACAAAUUUGAACUUGAUGCCUUGGAUUUGGAUGAUGACUGUUAUCAGGAUAGGUUUCAGGAUAAUCAUCUGAGGAGCCAGGAGGAGAUUACACUAACAGAUCAGUUUCCGAUUGAUAGAGAUUAUAUUGUCAUCACUUUUGAUGAGGAUGUACCGAGGAAUUCAUUGCGCAUGGAAGAUGUUUCUGGAUUGGGCCUCACACCAAUGGAGGAAGAUUCUCAUCCUUCAGUUUUAGAGCGAGCAACUGCUGACUUCCAAGAUCCUGGUCCCAUUAAUCAGACAGGAAUUAGCGAAACGCCUAAUGAAGAUGGUGUUUCUCAAAAUAUUCCUGAAAUUGAAGUAAUGCGUGAUGCUGUCCAUGACAUCCACUUCAAUGAUGCUCCUGUUUGGCUAGACCAAGGAAAUGAUGUACCUGGACUGGACAAAACUUUAGAACAGCAGAAAGAGAAGGAAAACCUUACCCCAAUUAUGGAAGAGCUGGUAUCUGGAGGUCACUCUCCUCCAUUUCAGAAAUACCAUGAACCGCCUUCUGCUACUUCGAAGCAAGCCUCUGAAAUCUAUGAUACACACAUUUCAUUUGGUGGAUAUACAUCACCUGAAUUGGCAAUUCGAUCAACUCCUCCGGUUGAGCAGCCAAAAGCAAAACCAAGAAAGAGAAAGCACUACUAUGAUGAGUCCACAGUGUUGACUAACAAGUUUAUGAAAAAGGCACUAGAAGAUUCUAGCGGUCUACAGCGGGUGAAAAAGGAUUGCCCUUGCUCUGCUUUGGGUGUUUGGAAAGUAAAUAAUAGAUUGAAAAAGGAUAAAGUCUUCAUUGAUCCUUUAAUGACUGGGUUGGGUGCUGAUCUUUGUGAUAUAUACAAGAAAGACUUCAUUUCUUCAAAACCACAUUUAGUUCCCACAGAGGCUGCUCAUCCAGAGACUAAUGUUUCAGAUCCUCCUAUUCCAGUGCAUGACCCUGAUAUGGAAAUUGAACAUCUUCGAAAUUAUGCAGGCCCUCUUAGCAGCAAUGUUUUGCACGAACUCUUGCCUUCUCCGAAUAGAUUCAUGUCUUCUCCAACUCGAGGAAAUGACUUCAGUCCUACCUCCACUACCAAUACGUUGUCAGUGUCAAAUCAGCUGGGAACAGUUAUGGGGACUGGAUCACUACCCUCACCAGACUUGGCAGCAUCUACUGGACCUGUUUGGUCUGACAUAGAAACACCAAUGACACUCUUAGAAGAGCGACUAGGUGUCGAAAAUACUGGUCUUUCUGACAUUCCUGAGCUGGUGAAUUCUGCAGGAGACCUAAAUUUUUUGGAAGAAGAUGAAAAUACACCAGCUGGAUCUCAAGGAACUCCUGGAGUUUGGUACUUAUCAAGAAAACAAAAAGGGACUCCAGAAAUUGAUGCAUUGUCUGCAAGAACAAGGGCUGUGGCUCAAUAUUUAAAAAGGCAGUUGUCAGUUACCCCUAUCUCAGAAGACUUAUCUGGAGAUCUCAGUCUGAACAAGAUCCUAGAAGAGAAAAGGAAAAAAAUAUGUGCUCGAAUGUUUUUUGAAACACUGGUUCUGAAGAAUUGUGGACUUGUAGAUGUACAACAAGAACAACCUUACGGUGAUAUCACUGUGAAGGUGACUCCAAAACUUUCAAAGGAACAAUUUCCAAGUUAAGUGCGCUCCGUAGGUCUUCACGUAAAUAGUUGGAUUUGUACAGCAGGUCAUAAAGUUGUGAAGAUGCAUAGUCCUAUUUUUUGUAGGGAUUGGCUGCAGGAGAUGUGCUAAGUUAUUGUAAUCAACAGUGCUCCAUGUGCUCCUCUUUGUUCCCGUAACUUAAUGUAAUCUUUCCUUCUGUUGGGACGGGAAGUAGCUGACUUGAAAGGACUGAGAUAUUUGUAUCCCAUUUUUGUUCUAUG